GGUGUCCCUCUGGAUCUAUCUUAUUACACAGCUAGCAGCGGAUACAGGGGAAACGCAGGUGUAGCGUAGUGGACAGGCGCUUCUUUCAUUCUGAAGUGGUGGAGUUAGCUGAGCUCAUAGAGCUCACUAGAAGCCGUAGGUACAAACCCUUCCAUUCACGGCUAGCCAGGAAGGAGAGCCGGUGGUUACACUGAAUAUCAUUUGGAAGAUUUUUUUUGCAUGUGAUUUCUCGUACUUCCAAGAGGCUGUGGUGUAAUUUAAUACAUCCUGGCCCAUAAUCGGAGGAACAGGAAGGCCACACGAACCGUCUUCUGAGCGGAAGAGGCUCCGGGUGCUUUUUCGCUGGCGUUGAAAGUUUGGACUUCACACAAACACGUCGAUCAGAAUGAGAUGUGUAUGAUGACUCCGGGGCUAUGGCCAGCGAACCCCUCGAAGGCUUCCAUGAAGUGAACCUGGCGUCGCCCACCACCCCCGACCUCCACGGCCUCGCGGACCAACGCGCGCCCAAACACGCCGCCCUGCCCGGCGCCCGGUACCGCGCCCACAGUGGCGGCGCCUGCCCCCCCAACACCCUCCGGGCCGACCAGCUCCCCACCCAGCCGGUCUACUCCACUCCCGGUCACCUGGGAAACAAGGAACCUCACAAUGGCAGUGUCCCGGGGCUGGACGUCCAGGCUACGUCCUCCGGCUCCGCCCCCUCGGCAGCCUCCGCCCGGCCGGAGGCGGAGUCAGGGGAGGGCGGGGCAAUGAGCACCGAGGAGGGGGAGGAGCCUGUGGGCCUGUCCCGCCUCCGGAGCCCCUCUGUGAUGGAAGUAAGAGAAAAAGGUUAUGAGAGGUUGAAGGAAGAGCUUGCCAAAGCGCAGAGGGAACUUAAGUUAAAAGACGAAGAAUGUGAAAGGCUCUCUAAAGUCAGAGACCAGCUCGGGCAGGAACUGGAGGAGCUCACUGCUAGCCUGUUUGAGGAGGCCCACAAGAUGGUGCGCGAGGCCAACGUCAAGCAGGCCACGGCGGAGAAGCAGCUAAAGGAAGCCCUGGGGAAGAUCGACGUGCUUCAGGCGGAGGUGGCGGCCCUGAAGACGCUGGUGCUGUCCACGUCCCCCACCUCCCCGUCCAAGGAGCUGUCCCUGGGGCCCAAGGCCCCCUUCAAGAAGGGCCACGCCCGAAACAAGAGCACCAGCAGCGCCAUCCUGGGCAGCCAGCAGGAGCUGAGCAUCACCCAGCCCAUCGUCCGCGACUGCAAGGAGGUGGACACGCUGCUCUUUGGAGAGUUUAAGACCUGGAAGGAGGAGCCCACGCUGGAGAGGAGCUGCUCCUUCCUGGACAGGGUCUAUAAGGAGGACAUCUACCCCUGCCUCACCUUCUCCAAGUGCGAGCUGGCGUCGGCCAUCUUGGAGGCGGUGGAGAGGAACACCCUGAGCGUGGAGCCGGUGGGGUUCCAGCCGCUGCCCGUGGUCAAAGCCUCGGCCGUGGAGUGCGGGGGACCAAAUGGCCGAAGGUCUGAGAUAGUCACAAAGUGCGCUCUCAGCGGUCAGACCAAAACCUGCAAGCACAGAAUCAAGUUUGGCGACUCCAGCAACUACUACUACGUCUCCCCGUUCUGCCGCUACCGGAUCACCUCCGUCUGCAACUUCUUCACGUACAUCCGCUACAUCCACCAAGGCCUGGUCAAGCAGCAGGACGCUGAGCAGAUGUUCUGGGAGGUGAUGCAGCUCAGGAAGGAGAUGUCAUUCGCCAAGCUGGGGUUCUACAGGGAGGAGGUGUGACCAUGGAAACAGGCUGGAGGCGUGUCUUCAAUCCUGUUUUGGAACGAGGAGCCCAGAGAGACGGGGCAGCCUUGAUGCACAGACAGGCUAAGCCCCGCCCCCCCCCACCCCACAAGAUGAUGGCUGUGCCCUCCAAGCUCCUCCUCCAUUGUGCAGAACACGCCCACCCUUGGUCUGGAUGUGUUGUGACUUGCUGUCAAUCUGGACUGCACACUGGACUGUUUCCAGGGUUACACGAUAUACAUUUCCAGUGAUAUUUAAAAAAAGAAGACGAAGAAAUUAUGAACUUGCUGCUGAAGUUGUUUUUUUGAUUUAAUUUUGUUUAAGAGCGGGCGAAUGAAUUCUUAAAAAAAAAAAACAGCAAUGAAUGAAAUAAAAUGUUUGAUCCUGUUCGCAUUUGUAUUGUCUUUGAGGAGAUAUGUCAUGAAAUUUGAAGACAAGUAUCAUUUGAAGGAAAAGUAAAAGAUCUUUAUGUGAUUACACAUCAUAUCAACGUGUCCCCAGCUUUUUAGUUCUUAACUUUAACAGUAGUUAGCAGUACGUGGCAGUGAAGUUGUGUGCGUACGUAUGAUAUGUCCUGUAUGUACGUUUGAUUUCUAUGGUUUUUUUUUUCCUGCACUACAAUCUGAUAAAAAAAACUUCCCUCACUUUAUUUUAGUGCCUUUCUGGAAGAAUGCUGAAUAAAACUGUAUACCUCUGGAAAGUG